AUGGCGGCGCCAAAUUCCGAGGCCGACCAGGCCAAGCUCCAGAUCUUCAAAGAUGAGCUGUACGAUACUAUCAGGGAACAUGGCAGUGAAACCCGUGUCUUCAGCCAGGCCGACCUCAAGGGUUUGGGCGUCAUCCCCAACAACGACGUCAGGAUACUUGUCGAUGUCAUUCAGAUGCUCACCAAUGAAAAGCUCCUCAUUGGUGUUCAUUUACCGGGUGGAGAACUGGGUUGGAAAUGGCGAAGCAGAGAGGAUGCCAAGAAGUAUACCUCCCUUCCAGACGAACCGACCAGGCUCGUAUACGGCGAAAUCGACCAAGCCGGCCAAGACGGUGUCUGGAUCCGCCACAUCAAGCUCCGAAUCAACAUCCAAGAUGCCACCCUCAAGGCCUGCAUCAAGUUCCUCGAGUCCAAAGGGUUCAUCUCGUCCAUGACCAACGUCGAGAUGCCCAACCGGAAGAUGUACAUUAGAGCCGACCUCAAACCCUCCGAGCGCGCAACCGGCGGUCCUUGGUUCACAGACGGUGAGCUAGACGAAGCCUUUAUUAAAGUCAUCGAAGGUAUCAUUUUCGAGUACAUCAAGACCCGCAGCGCAUACUUUUCCAGGGGAACGGUCCUCCCUCAAAGACAACCAAAGAAGGGCGUAGUUACCGGGGAUGCCAGAGGUGUCAAGAGAACAGCGACUGACAUCUCCAACGACGACGCGACACCCGCCCCUGCUCCAGCAACAAAGGCUGCCCCUCCACCGCCAAAGGGCAAGCCAAUGUACCUCCCCAUGCCGGCCGGGUAUAAGAAAUACCCUACCGUCAACGAUAUCACAGAGUUUAUCCACAACCAAAAGGUCAGCACUGCUAUGCUCGGUGUUGCGGACAUCCAGGCGUUGGUCGACGUGCUGGUAUUUGACGGCCUGAUUGAGCCGAUCCAAGUCCACAAUCGUAAGGGGUACAGGGUGGUGCGGCCAACAAAGCAGGACACGGUGUCGUAUGCUAAGCGGCAGCAGGACCGAGAAUCGCAUCCAGAAUUGGGGGAUAUCGUGUUAGGCCCUCCGCCGCUGAGCAGCGCAGUGACUGAGGCACCGUGCGGUAAAUGCCCGGUGUUUGAACUGUGCCAGGAGGGUGGACCGGUUGCGCCGAGCACGUGUGUUUACUUUCAGGAGUGGUUGGGCUUGAAAGAGCCUGCUGUUGCUACUGCCAACGAAACGGCUCCACUAUGA